AUGACCUCCCUGCCGCGUCGAAACUUUUCAGCGCAUCCCAACAUCAAACUGCUCCCGGGUCUUGACUUUGAUGUUCCCCAAGACGCUCCUUUCGCCAGCCAGCAACACUCGGGCCUAGUCGCUAAAAUGUUCCUUCCUCGUGCCGUCAACCAGCCUGCGCCUCUUGAGGGUUCGAUCAAUGCCGCCGACCGAUUUCGCCAGCUUAUGGAGGUUGGUCUGCGAAUUUAUCAAUCCAACCCAAAGCUAGCCAGCGUCAGAGAGGUCUUUGUCCAAGCUCUCAGGCAGCUCCGCGGGCUCCACCCCAAUUGGAACUUCGAUGCCGCCCCGCGCAAGUCGUCUGCCAUCAUCGACCAAGUCAUUACCGCUCGGAAGCGAUUCUUGACUAAAGGAGGCGACAAUCCUCAGAUCAGGUCGACGUUCUUGCCGUUCCUCCAAGCCAUUGAUGAGUUCAUUGACGGUGCCGAAUCAAAGAUCGCUGCUCAACAGGCAGCCAAUGCCCCUCUCGUACUCCCAGCUCAGGCUGGCCGGAAGCGGACCUCCGACGAUCUCGAGGAUAAGAUUUAUAACCUCCCGAAGAUGCGCCGAAUCACUCCCAGUGAGAACGAGGACGAGGCGGAGGGUUCGGCGAAGACCACUGACGAGGAAGUCGCGUGUUCAAAGUGCAAGGGUCUUGAGGCUGGUUUGAAGGCGGCAAAUAAGCGUGCUGAACUUGUCGCUCCCCGCGUUCACGAUGGCUGGGUCCACCGUAUGCACCAACUCUGGGAUGUGGUCCGACCUGCCGUCAACCGCGAGAGAAAGGAUCAAGGCAAAGCAGAGUUGGAGUCGGACCAACUUGUGCGAUUCCUGCGCACUUCCAAGCUCGGAGAUAUCGCCGAUGAUAUUCUCGGUCUGAAGUCGUGA